GGGAGUUUCACAAAACCAGGAAAAAGAAGGUCAACCACUAAACACUGGAAAAAGGUGCAAGUGAUUGAAUCAUGGAUCCCAAUUUUCAGACCACCGUCCGUAGUCGUAGCUUGCGUAGCUUCGUGACGAGAGAGCGCCUCUUUUCCGCCUCCUCCAAUAUAUAUAAGCCCACUGCCCGCCGUUGCUUUGUCCGAACGAAUUCCGCCUAGCUUAUUUCAUCAGAUUGAGUGCAAACUAGUUUUUGAUCGGAGUUCACAAUUUCGUCAGUGAAUGGCGGCGAAGGGGAAGCACGGCCGGUGGCAGCUGAGGAGAACGUCUCCAUCCUGGCCGACGGUCUUUACCGCGCUGAUAAUGGUGGCGUUUUUCGUUUUAAUUCUCAUCACUUUGAGGAUUCUCUCGACUUCUGGAGAUUCUCAGGAAGCUCUCAAUCUCAGAUCAAUCGCGCGCAACAUCUUGGAAAGAGACGUUAACAGUGAAAGAGGAGAUCAAUGGGUUGAAGUGAUAUCCUGGGAGCCUAGGGCCUUUAUCUAUCACAAUUUCUUGUCAAAGGAUGAAUGCGAAUAUCUAAUUAAUCUUGCAAAGCCCCAUAUGGAAAAAUCAACAGUUGUUGACAAUGAAACUGGGAAGAGCAAAGACAGCAGGGUGCGUACAAGCUCAGGAACUUUUCUUGCUAGAGAAGGUAACCAAGUAAUCAGUAACAUUGAAAAAAGAAUUGCAGAUUUCACCUUCAUACCUGUAGAGAAUGGUGAAGGCCUUCAAGUUCUCCACUAUGAAGUGGGCCAGAAGUAUGAGCCACACUAUGACUACUUCGCUGAUGAGUUUAAUACCAAGAACGGGGGCCAACGAGUUGCUACCCUUCUCAUGUACCUAUCUGAUGUUGAAGAAGGAGGAGAGACGUUAUUCCCUGCUGCAGGGGGGAAUUUCAGUGCCAUUCCGUGGUGGAAUGAACUAUCUGAAUGUGGAAAGCGUGGACUUUCUGUUAAACCAAAGAUGGGUGACGCAUUGCUUUUCUGGAGCAUGAAACCAGAUGGAAACCCAGACCAAUCGAGUUUGCAUGGUUCUUGCCCUGUCAUAAAGGGAAACAAAUGGUCAAGUACAAAAUGGAUGCGUUUUAACGAAUACGAAGUUUAAGCUGCUCUGUUAAUGGUAAUUUCUUUGUGUGGAUUUUACUGCAUGAGCCUCUCCAAUUGCUGUUCUGAACCUGCGUUACAACUUAUCAUGUUCAGUAUGAAGCUGGCCUAUAAGUAUAAUGCCGUUUUACAUUGUGUCAGGUUGGGAAGUAAAUUUUGGUUGAGAUAAGCUGAUCAAUGACCUAUACACGUCUAUAGUUGUAAUGGGAACAGACACCGAUACAGAUAUAUAUUACUAGAACUAAGAUAUACUAGGAAAAUGUUACCAACUGAAUCCUUUCAUGUAAUUUAUUCUAAAUAAUAAAUCUACACAGUACAGAUUAUAGUUGAAAACAUAACAUUUGUCAAUACUUUGACAAGGUUCAC